UAAAUGAGGCAGACUUUGCUAACCACUUGCAAGAACAAGGAUACACUCCUGAGUUAUGUUUAGAACAUGCAAAUAUUGAAGACUUAAGAAAAGAAUACAAUAAUAACAAUUUUUUUGAAGAAACAGCUAAAAGGUCAGGUUUCGACCCUAAUGAAACCAAAGAGUGGAUGAAAGUUGGUUUAGAGCCUAAGGAUACCGAAUUUGCCAACGAAAAUUAUCCCAAAAAUCAAAGAAAAGAAAUAACAAAAUUGAAUAUUAGUAGCAAAAAUCUCCAAGGAAUUUUAGAUCUUUCUGAUUUUGUGAAUUUAGAAGAAUUAAAUUGUUCUGGCAAUAAAUUAACCUUUUUAAAAUUAGAUAAUUGUUUGAAAUUAAGAAGGAUUUAUUGUGGCAAAAACAAUUUUCCAGAACAAGAUUUGUCAAUGUUUAGUCAUUUGGUUAAUUUAGAAAAAUUAUGGAUGGAUAAUAAUCGUUUCAUUGUAGCAAAAAAAGUAAAUACCCCUUUUUAUCAACAGUAUCAGAAAAUAGUAACUGGAUAUGAUACCUUUUCCCAAAAUACUCCUUAUCAAAUAAAACCGGGCAUCAUUACCACUAGCAAGUUGAUAAAUACCAAAGAAAUUAUUAAGGAAUUACAGAUUUCUCAAACUAGUUCGGAUUCCAAACAAGUUGAUUUCCAAAUUCCUACCGAAGAACUCAAUCAACUCAACCUCUCUGAAAAUCAAUCAACUGAGCAACCCCGACAACAAGCCCAAAUCCUCCAAACCAAUCCACCUAAAACUUCUUAA